AUGGGUGACAACAUCCCAACAUGUUUCAAUUGUCAGAAUAAGCUGGUUUUGGAUGAGAGCGUUUUCGAAUGCUUUGAGGAUGAUCAAAAUCCGUUUUUGACUGAUAAUGAUCCAUCGCUUUGUGUUCAGGAAGGCGCUGCAGCAGAAACGACAGGAAAUCUGUAUGAUGUAAUAAGCAGUUCAAAUUCAGCUUUAAAGGGACCCAUGUGCGAGGAUUGUACAGAGCAGCUGCUUUCGGGGAUGGAUCAGCAUUUAAAAGAAUUAGAUGAAGAAUGUGCACAAUACCGUGAAUUGCUUGAUUCGCUGAAAGAAGGGAGUGAUGCUCGCUUGAUGGAUAGAAAUAUCAUAGCUGCAAAGCUUGCUGCUAUGAAGAAUGAAGAAGCUUCUUUAUUGGGAGAAUCGAAAAAAUUAGAAGCUGAAGAAGCAAAAUUGGAUGCGGAAUUAAAAAAAAAGAAGAGUGAAUUAUAUGCUGAGAAUGAAUCUGCAGAAUUGUUAUGGCGAGUAUUUCGUGAUAAUCACAGGCAGUUGAUCAGAAUGGAAAUGAAGGAGCAAGAUUUAGAAGCCGAGGUGCAUUGUUUGAAAAGUCAGCGUGACAGACUGUCGAAAAUCAACGUAUUAAAUACGGCAUUUCAUAUCUGGAAGCAAGGAAGUUUCGGUACAAUUAAUGGUUUUCGUCUUGGUCAGUUGCCACAUUCUCAGGUUGAAUGGAGCGAAAUCAAUGCUGCAUGGGGACAGGUGGCUUUGUUGAUCAACACUUUAGCAGAUUGUCUUGAAAUUCAAUUCACCUUGUAUCGUAUUGUGCCAGUUGGUAGCCAUUCAUUUGUCCAGUGUUUGGAUACGGGGGCUGAAUUACCGCUUUUUGGCAGUGGUGGUUUUAAACCGUUUGGACAAAAGAAAUUCGAUGAAGGCAUUUGUGCUUUUAUGGAAUGCUUCUGUCAGUUGCAGAGACAUAUUGAACGUGCGCAGUUUCGGUUCCCUCACCGAAUGUAUAGAGAACAUAUUGAGGACAACAAAAUGGAGUAUUCUGUUAAAAUGCAAUUCAACGCCGAAGAAAGAUGGACAAAAGCGAUGAAAUGUCUUCUGAUUAAUUUUCGUUGGGCGAUUUCUUAUGUCGUACAUUCCAAGAUAUUGCGAACUGAGGCAGUUUUCUCGUAG